GCGGGCUGCCAGGCUAGGAGAGGGCGGCAUUUUAGGCUAGGCGGAGACGCGUUCUCACACCUGCGACGGAAGGCUAACUUUAGCUUUAGUUAGUUGCAUGUAAGUGUAGCCAUCCAGUUUUCCCGUUUCGUUUGCAAAAAGCACCUUCCCUUUUGUUAUACAAGCGGCUUAGGGCGGCGCCAGCAUCAUGCCGAACUCGCGACCCAGGCCCCGCAGGGGCGCAGGGGGUGGCGCGGAGACUGCCGGCCGGGACGAGCUUGUGUCGCGGUCCUUGCAGAGCGCUGAGCACUGUCUGGGUGCCCAAGACUUCGGCACCGCUUAUGCCCACUACCUCCUUGUGCUCAGCUUGGCGCCAGAGCUGAAAGACGAUGUGAAGGAAACUUUUCAGUAUACACUCUUCAGAUGGGCUGAAGAGCUUGAUGCUCUUAAUCGAAUUCAAGACUUACUUGGUUGCUAUGAGCAGGCCAUGGAACUGUUUCCUGAUGAUGAAGUAAUUUGCAAUAGUAUGGGAGAGCAUCUUUUCAGAAUGGGCUUUAGAGAUGAAGCAGCCGGAUAUUUUCAUAAAGCUGUGAAACUAAACCCUGAUUUCAACGAUGCAAAGGAGAAUUUUUAUCGGGUUGCAAACUGGUUGGUGGAACGCUGGCACUUUAUCAUGCUUAAUGACACCAAGAGGAAUAUGAUUUAUAACGCAGCAAUCCAAAAGGCGGUUUGCUCAGGUUCUAAAAGUGUUUUGGACAUUGGAGCAGGAACUGGAAUACUAAGCAUGUUUGCUAAAAAAGCUGGCGCGCACUCGGUAUAUGCCUGUGAGUUAUCCAAGACCAUGUAUGAACUUGCUUGUGAUGUAAUGGCAGCAAACAAGAUGGAAGCAGGAAUCAAACUCUUACAUAUGAAGUCACUUGACAUAGAAAUUCCAAAGCAUAUUCCUGAAAGAGUGUCCCUAGUUGUAACAGAAACUGUCGAUGCAGGUUUAUUUGGAGAAGGGAUUGUGGAGAGUUUGAUUCAUGCAUGGGAGCAUUUACUUCUGCAGCCAAAGACCAAAGGUGAAGAUGUUAAUUGUGAAAAGUAUGGGAAAGUUAUACCAGCAAGUGCUGUUGUAUUUGGGAUGGCAGUAGAAUGUGCAGAGAUUAGAAGACAUCAUAGGGUAGAUAUUAAGGAUGUUGCUGGAGUCUGUUUGCCAACAAAUGUGAAAUUUCAGAGUCCAGCCUAUUCUUGUAUAGAUUCUGAAGAAACAGUUGAACCUUAUACAACUGAGAAGAUGAAUCGAGUUCCUGGGGGAUAUUUGGCUUUGACAGAGUGCUUUGAAAUUAUGACAGUAGAUUUCAACAAUCUUCAGGAAUUAAAAAGUCUUGCAACUAAAAAACCAGAUAAAAUUGGCAUUCCUGUUAUAAAAGAAGGCAUACUAGAUGCUAUUGUGGUUUGGUUUGUACUCCAGCUUGAUGAUGAACACAGCUUAUCUACAAGUCCUAGUGAGGAAACAUGUUGGGAACAGGCUGUUUACCCUGUACAGGACCUUGCAGACUAUCGGAUAAAGCCAGGGGACCAUGUGAUGAUAGAAGUGUCUUGUCAAGACUGUUACUUAAGAAUCCAGAGUAUCAGUGUCUUGGGUUUGGAACAUGAAAUGGAUGUUACAAAAAGUUUUACUCAGAAUAAAGACUUGCUAUCUUUAGGAAAUGAGGCCGAACUCUGUAGUGCCCUGGCUAACCUUCAGACCAGUAAACCAGAUGCUAUAGAGCAGAUAUGUGUAUUGGAAUCCACGGAAAUCGCUUUGCUUAAUAAUAUCCUGUAUCAUGAAGGCUUUAAAAUGGCAAUGAGGAAAGUGUUGUCUUCAUUGACCCCGGAGAAAUUGUUGGAGGCCAUGGAUACUCAUUGUCAGAAUGAAAUGAGCUCUGGAAGUGGACAGAACGAGAAUUCAAUACAGAAUGCUCCUGACCCUUUGUAUGUGUUAGAUGUGUCUGAAGGCUUCUCUAUUCUUCCCAUAAUUGCGGGUAUGUUUGGGCAGGUUAAAGCUUACAGUUCUGUGGAGAAAGACCUACAUCGUAUUACUCUGGAUCUCAUUUCUGAAGCUAAUCACUUUCCUAAAGAAACACUUGAGUUUUGGCUGAGGCACGUGGAGGAUGAAUCUGCUGUGUUACAGAGGCCAAAAUUAGACAAAUUGUGGAGCAUAAUCAUAUUGGAUGUCAUUGAACCAUCUGGGCUCAUUCAGCAGGAAAUAAUGGAAAAAGCUGCAAUAUCCAGGAGCCUUUUCCCAAACAACCUGUCAGAUACAUUUGUUUCAACUUUAUACGUACCCAGGAAAGUUGCAUAUAUAAAGGGAGUUUUUGAAUUUCCAUAUGAGUGUUUGCUGCAAUCUGGAGGCAAGAUCUUCCCUCAGUAUGUGCUGAUGUUGGGGUUGCUUGUGGAAUCACAGACACUGGUAGAAGAGAGCGCUGUUCAAGGAACAGAACAUACUCUUGGAUUAAAUAUAGCACCAUUCAUUAACCAGUUUCAAGUACCCAUACGUGUAUUUCUGGACUUAUCCUCAUUGCCCUGUAUUCCUUUAAGCAAGCCAGUGGAACUCUUAAGAUUAGACUUAAUGACUCCAUAUCUGAAUACCUCCAACAGAGAAGUAAAGGUACACAUUUGUAAAUCUGGACAAGUGACUGCCAUUCCAUUUUGGUAUCAUAUAUACCUUGAUGAAGAGACUAGGUUGGACACAUCAAGUGAAGCCUCCCACUGGAAACAAGCUGCAGUUGUUUUAGAUAAUCCCAUCCAGGUUAAAAUGGGAGAGGAACUUGUACUCAGCAUCCAGCAUCACAAAAGCAAUGUCAGCAUCACAGUAAAGCAAUGAAGAGAAGUUCUCUAAUGAAAAACUGUUCAAAUAGAGAAGCAAGUAAAAAUUCUCAUGUUCUCAAUUAAUGGCGUUGCAAUCAUAAAAUAGGGUAUAAGAAUUUAAUUCCUUCUAACAAUCAACUAUUUUAAAAAUUGACCUUAAUAAAAUAGUAAUAAAUUAAAAAGUAGCAUUAUAGUAAAAAUAUUGCUGCAGACUUCCUUUCUGGAAAAGGGUGUACCAUUAUUUGCUGUUUAAAUUAAGAAACCUUUUUAUUCACUUUUAUUGCUUGAUUUUACUAUACAUUCUGCUAAACACUUUCUGUAUUAAAGCUAUAAAGGUGAGGGUUACUUAGCCUCAUCCUUAUUGUCAUGUUAUUAGUAAGUAAAGCAAAAUAAAGCAAAACGUUCAGUUAUUAGGUUUUUCUUAAUUCCUAAUUUAUAAUUGGGAAACAUGAAGAACACUGGAGGGUUUUGGUUACCUGUUGAUUGCAACCUUGCUUCCUUCAAUACUCUGUACUUUGAAAACACCGUCUCAGGUUUUGUGUUUGGGGAAUGCAAACUUGAAUGAGAAUUUAAGCUAUAAACUAUCACUAGCUUAUUAUUUAAUAAUGAGUAAGAUUAGCUCCUAGUUAUUUCUUCUAGUAGCAAUAUAAGAUACAGGAAAUUUCAUUGUAGUUAUAUAAUUUCUAACCCUUUGUUGUUUUUGACUUACUUCAUUUUUACUGUGCUUCUAAUUAAGAAAUUUUGGGUAAAACUUAAGGGUUUAUGUUUUAAAAAAUGAGAGACAUGAAAAGUUGCAGAAAAUAAAUGAUAAAUCCUCAUUUAUUGAAAGACAUCCAGUUGAGAAAUAGAGAAAUAAUUAUUAGGUAAGCAUAUAUGGCACAUGAUUAUGAUUAAGUCCCACUAAUUCAUAUUUCUGAAUUACACUUGCUAAUUCCAGAGCAUUACAGUCAUGUAGCACUGGUAGAAAGCAGUUUUUUUUUUUUUUUUUUUUUCUUUUCCUUCUGUCCAUCCUCUUGAUAAAGCAAUGUAAGAUCAGGAACAUUCAGUUUGGAUUGUUUUCUACCAUGUGAGUAUGUGAUGCUCUAAUGUUAAGAAAUCAACUCUAAGUCUAGGAAAUUUAGACUGAUUAUUUGUGAUAUACAAAAUGUAAUUACAUAAAUCCAAUAGUUGUACCUGGCUUUCACCUAUCUUAGUGUUGAAAAUUUCCAUCAUUUAUGGCUCAUCCCAAGCACAAAAUCCUGAGCAAUGGGAUACCAGGUAAUCAGAUAAUAUGGUAGUAGCAGUUGCUUUUGCACACUGUUCAGGAGGCCACAGAUUGAUCUGAAGUUUCCUUCUUCUCUUCAGUAGUAUCACUCAAUAUUUCAUCACGUAUCUUAGCUGUAGUAGGUGUAGUCUGGGGUGUCACAGUAUGUCCAAACCCUUGGUAGUGACCCAUGGGUGAAGGUGGCAUAGAAGAGGCAACAGAAAUUGCAUCUUGUGAUGACGAUGAUAACAAGCUUGUAUGUUCAUUUUGAUCUUGAUCCUCAGGAAAAAAUUUUUUCCUAGGAUGUCCCAUGACUGUCCUUCCUUUAAAGUAAUAGAAAGGUUUCCAAGUUAGCCAAAAGUUAAGUUACUUUGACCACUAUAAACUCACCAUUCUCUAAAUAGGCUUCCAUUCCACAUAUGAAGAGUGUCUAGCAUGGUACAAAGUCCUUCAGUCAGUUACACAGAUACUAAUUACUUUAUUAAGAGAAAAAUAUUAACCUACCUAUCUGGAUGAAUUAAAUGGCUGGUACUUACCAACAUGCCGUACUUGUUCAGAAAUAUCAUCUCUAAUAUCUGAAACAUCCCACAUGGCAAGAAAAGAAUCAAAGCAUGACCCUUCUUCUGCUUCUUGGACAUAGGGUUUGUAUGAGAAAGUGUAGUGAUGAGCAAUAGCAGCAAGGAACAUCUCAAUACAGAUAAUGAAGUCCUACAACAAUAACAAAAGUAUUACUCCUCUUUGGGUUUACAUCUAGUUUUCUAGGUAUGGGAGAAGCUUUUUCUCCCUUUUCAAAAGUACUUAAGUAUCAACAGCUUGUUUUUCAGAAGAUUAUAUUCAUUUUCCAUUUUUUUUCCCCAAAUAAUUAUUUUUGACCUCUUUAAAAAAACAAAGAGAUGGACAAAAUGCCAGAAUCUAAAUCUAUCUUGUACUCCCUUCAAUCAAGUAUUUCUUAGUAAAGUACAAGUAUUCUUAACCCACUGCCCAAGAACUAAGGAGAAAUGCAGAAAUAUAAAUGGACUGGGCAUAACAAAAUCCAGGUACUACUUGUAGCUCUGCUGCAAAUUAGUCAUUAUUUAUUUCAUCUGUAAAGUGAGGACAAUAGUAGCCCCAAAACCUAUGUUAUAGGGUCUAGUGGAGCUGAUAUGUGAAAGUGCUUAACAAAUAGUAAGGUUGUAUAGAACUCAGAGACAGUACUACUAACCUGGAGUCCUGUAGCCACAGCUUCUACAGUUUGCCAUUCCCAUGUAUGCUUUUCAGAAAUAACACCAACUUUUACCAAUAUAGCAAUAACUGCUGCUUGCCUAUAUUUUAGGAAAAGGUAAACACCAAAUCUAUAUCAAGCAUAAAAUGAGCAGUUGUUUUAAAAAUAUGCCAUUAAAAAAAACUAAUCCCCAGUAUGCAACCUGUGGACUGCCUCCAUCCCACACCCCUCAUUCCUUCCCAUCCCCAAUUACCACCACCACCUUGCAUUUACAGCAUUUAGAAAUGUGGCACAUUCCUUUUAUGAGGAAGGUAGGUAUCUAUAUAAAUAUAUUGCUUUACAAGUUUUAUUGUUUUGUUUUGGUUCGAAUUUUGAUUUUUCUCAUAGCUUCAGUACUUGGAUGAUACACUGUUUUUUGCUCUGAAAGUAUGCACAAGCAAUUAAAGUCUAAGUUCUUCCUAUAGAUAGACAGUGCCUAACACCUUCAACAAUAGGCACUUAAAAUUAAAUAAAGAACAGAUAUUCAAAUGUUUAUACAUGAAUUAAUUGACUUUUUAAAAACCAGCCAUUUUGAAAAUAGUCUUGUUUGAAGUACUGGUGCCAGCGACAAACUCAGAAGGGAUCUGACUCCAAGAGAGGGAAUCAUGCAGAAGCAUUUCAAGCAAAUCUAGGGCUAUGAUGUCAGGUUAAAUUUAAACAGUAAUGAAAAAGACAAGCUUUCAUAGUUAUAUACACAAGAACAUUUACCAGUGUUUCUUGUAAUGGCGGAAAAAUUAGAAACAACCUAUAUGUCAGUCGUUUGGCUAAAAAUUCCUAUCUACAUGAAAAAAUACUAAGCAAAAAAAAACCCAAAAAGCUCUCUUUACUGACAGAAAAUUAUAUUUACAGUAUUACUGAACAUAUAAUUCAGUUAUACAAGUUUUUAUAGUAUAAAAUCAUUUCUGUAGAGUUUUAUGUAAGACAAUUGUACACCAAAAUGUAAAUCAUUCUUUCUGGGUGGUGUGUUACUUGCAUUCUGGUUAAUAUAUUUGUUUCUAGGUUCUCUGCCCAUCCUUGUACUAAACAUGUAUCAUUUUGCCUUCUGUUUUAAAAAAUGUUUUACUGACAAACAUUUCCUCAUAUCAUUAAAUAUUCUACAGUGUUUUUCUUCCAAACUGUAUAGUAUUCUAUGACAGCACCAUGAUUUACUUUAAUGAUUUCUCUAAUGCUAGCAUGUAUGUCUCAAAUUAUUUUCCUAAUAUGUUUUAUUAACCAUUUGAUUAUAUCUUUAUGAAGCUCUUAGAACGGCUAAAGAUGACCUUUUUAAAAGGUAAGUGAGGACAUUUUAAAUCUAUUUUCUGCAUUAAAAUUUUUAAAAUGCUCCCUACUAAACAGUUUUAUCAACCUUUAGAAAGUGAGAACACUUAAUAGACAGCAACACUUACCAAAAGGAAACAAAAACCACCAGCUUUACACACAGAAAUUUGCCAACAGGUUGGAUUGGACUCAGUUCUUCCUUUAGUACUUUAUAAAAUAGCAGGAGACAAUACAUGGCAAACUGGAAACAAUUAAGAUUUAACAUUGGAACUUCUUCAAUAAGAAAAACUAAAUAUGGUAAUAGAAAUAUUUUAAGUUAUAAACCAGAAACACGGUAGAGAA